AUGAGCAGUGCAUGGACCGUGGUUGCGGCGACCAUGUUCCGUUGGUCAUGUGGGUACCAUCCUGUGGAUGAUAUUGUUGGUGUUUGGACUACACCACCGAAGCAGGUUCCCAGCAAAGGACUUCCAGAUGGUCCACUGAUAGGCAAUGGUGAUCUCGGCGCAGCGCUGGCUUGGCCAACGUCAUCUCCAGAGAUCGAUAUACACAUUGGACACAAUGCAUUCUUUGCAGCACCUGUCGCUGGGACGACUUCGUGUGGAUACGCGGCUGGAGGGCGCAAGGCAAGGUGCUAA